UAGGGUUUCUGCGGAAGUGAAAGAUAGAGAAACAAAGGCUGGUGGUGAGAGUCUCCAGUCUCUGUGUUUAUAUUUAAUAUAGAGUUAUAUUAUUAUAUUAUAUUAUAUUAGAGAAGGGUCUCAGGGUGUGUGAGAGAGAUGAAGGCGCUGCUGUUCGUGUGUUUAGUGUUUGUGGGAGUUUCUGAAGGAGAGGAGGAUGAGUGGGUUCAUCUACCGAAUAAAUGUGAAGUGUGCAAGUUUGUGAGCAUUGAAAUGAAAUCUGCUCUGGAAGAAACAGGCAAGACGAAGGAAGUCAUUGAGACCAACUACCGUUUCCUGGAUGAUAAAGGAGCUCCUCCAAUUAAAUAUGUGAAAUCUGAUAUUCGCUUUAUCGAGGUGAUCGAGAGUGUGUGUUCAAGGAUCCUGUCCUACAAUCUCCACAAGGAGAGAGAUGGCAGCAAUCGCUUUGCAAAGGGGAUGUCUGAGACAUUUAGCACUCUGCAUAACCUGGUCCAUAAAGGAGUGAAGGUCGUCAUGGACAUUCCUUAUGAGCUGUGGAACGAGACCAGUGCAGAGGUAGCCGAUCUCAAGAAACAGUGUGAUGUGAUGAUCGAGCAGUAUGAGGAGGUUAUUGAAGACUGGUAUAAAGGCAACCAGGAGGAAGACCUUACAACAUACCUCUGCGGGAAACACGUCCUGAAAGGACAGGACCAAGAGUGUCUGAAAGAAGAGUGGCUGGGGAAGAAAGGAGACACUGCAGCUAUAGCAGAAAACAAAAAGAAAAAGAAGAGCAAAAAGAAAGCUAAAGAUGGAGAGGAUGGCCAGAAGAAAGGGAAGAAGAAGAAGAAGAAAAAGAGUAAGCUGGCUGAAGGAGGAGGCAAGCUGAAAAAAGAGGAGGAGGGGCUCACAUCAGACGAGGACAUUCAGAAAAGCGUUCCACUUCAGAAAACUGAACUCUGACCUGCAGAACAUCUCAAACCUUUUAUUUUCUGAUUUCAGUUCUACCUCCAGUUUUUACCCACCGUCAACCCCAACAGCCCCUUCUUUAAAAUCACAAGGUGUUAAAAACGGUUUCAUGGAGCAGAUCCACAGAACAGCUACACCUGAUUCCCUAAAACAGCUUUUAGUCCAGUUUUAGUUUGAAGAUUUCUUUUGGCAUUGGACCAAAAACAGUUGUGGCACUUUUAAGAGCCACAGUGUUUAAAAUGAUCAUGAUCACUGUAAAUCCAAAACGUUCAGAUCCUGUUACCAUGCAGCCUCCAUCAUAACUGAGCUAACCCUUAGAGACAUGGCCAUCACUGUAAGAAGCAUCCCUGUUUCUCCUGAUUUAUUGCUUUUUUAAUUUCCCAAGUUUGUGCUUAAAAAGUGUUUUAUACAUCUAAAUAAUAUGAAUGUUUUUUGGGGGAUCUGGGCCUGAUAACACUGAUGUUCUGACCUGCAGGCCAGUGGAAUAUUUCUGUACGUAUUUGAUUAUAUUUAUGAGCACGUAAACCAACCUUUACAGCACCCAACACGGAAAGCUUUCCAGUCUGCUGGUGUUAUUAAAUAAAAAAACUCAGUGUGCUCAGUGUUUACUCAGAAAAAACACUUCAGAAAUUACCUUUAACCCUGCAGCUAAAAAACACAGCCCAAAUCUGACACUUUGUAAGAAAUGUUCCGUGUGUGUCUGAAAUGGUUAAUAAGAACAAAUUAAACAUGAAAAACUUUAAAGUAACAUAUAAAAUAUGCUAGUGUUAUAAUAAUUUUCUAAUGUUUAUUUUAAUUUGAGGUUGAAUUGUAGUGAGUAAUUAUAGUACAGUAAAUGGCAAUAAAAAGAGUUUAUUACCUGAACGUUUGGAUUUGUAGUGUUGAGUUGUGGAGGUCAGUACCUACUCUUUCUCUUUAGUGCCUCAGUCCUGAGAGACCCGAGCCAUCACGUUUUCUAAAAUUCAGUGAGGAGAGCUUCUGUUCACUUUAGUGAAGGUAGAUGAAUAUGAAGGGAAUUGGUUGUAUUUUGAGUAAAUACACUGAUUUAUUACAUUACUAUUAGUUUAGCCACAGUAUUGCAGAUAAUCUCACCCUGACAGAAUUCUCAGUUAAAGGAAGACCAAUCAAUGACACAGUUCAGUUCUAAUGAUAAUAAUAUGAAUGCUGUUUCCUUUAAUGUGAAUGUUUUGUUACAUUUUGUUACAAGUGUUUUAAGAUAAAGUUGCAGAAGUGUUUUCUUGUUUAAUUCAGUUCAGAUCAGUAGUUUGUUUAGUCAGUAUAGUUAAGUAUUGACAGGGUUUAUGGGGAGCAGUGUGAUCACACUGAGCACUCUUACUCUUUCAGUAAACAUCAUAUUAACUGCUUUUAAAGAACUAGGCCCAGUCUAUUUAAAACAUGUGUUUUAAGUCUGAAUGUUACAGUAUUUUUGGUGCAGUUUGAUUUCUUAGGCCAGUCUGUUGCCCUUUCUUUUUCUUCUUCUCUUUUUUUGGAUAAGCCUGUUUGCUGUGCUUUCUAAAAUCAGCUGCUGCUCUAUAAACAUGGAACAUGUUGGUUUAUUUUAGUGUGUGUGUGUGUGUGCGUGUACAGUAAUCUUUUGUGUGUUUAAUUGAAAACCUUACAUUUUUGCAGACAUUAUGCAAGAUAUUCUGUUUCAUGUGUUCCCUACAGACGUGUUUAAUAUGCAAUAAAAGUUGUAGCUGUUGAUUGGAUAUAAAAAAAAUAGAUUUUUUUCAUGGAGCAUGUCAGAUGUCAGAUUAAGUACAAGUACUUUUUCUUUGUAAGAAAACAAACAUAUAUAACAGAAAAUUACAUAGAAAACAUGACUUAACUAAAUAUAUGUUUAAAUUAUUUUUGCCGAAGGGGAAUAGCGUCUGUAUUGCUUAAAGCUGCUUUAAAUUAUUUUUAUUUUGAAAAUAUUUUAAACACAUUUCUUUUGAAGUUCUGGUUAUUUAGGCAAGUGGAUAAUCCUGAAUUGAAUCUGGACAGAAUGUUGUAUCUUCUGAAAAAAGGCUUUUUUUUCACAUGAAAAUAAAUAAAUAAAUGGAUUGACUGUA